AUGGCGACCUAUCACAUGGGCAUGGCUUCAAAGCUCACGCUAAGGUCAUCUAAGGGCCUCAGACCAACUCUUUUAGCCUACGGACGACCUCCGUGUGUACAUGUCAAGCGGGUCCUUACAGUGAGAGCAAUUAUUGUUGUGGCUCCUAAGUUCUCUAUGGUUAAACCCCUAUGUGAGCAUGUGCUUGUUGAAAUUAAGGAAGCGCGAGAGAAAAUAGAGGGGGGAAUAUUGGUUCCUUCCAUGUCGCAGAAUAAGCUUCAAGGCAGAGAGGUAGUCGAUGUGGGCGACGACAAAAUCGCUGGUAAAGAAAAGCUUCAGGUUUCAGUUCAGAUCAGUGUCGAGGUUGUUUACUCAUCGUAUGCUUAA